AUGCUUCCUUACUCUAGAUCUAUACUUGCGGCCUGUCGGACGGUGGGCCAAAUCACAGGGCAAUGCGCACCAUCUAUUGGAACAGCUCUCCGAUACGGUCAACUGCAAUCCCGCAGAACGGUCACCAAAGUCGCCGCAGCCGCUAGAAACCCCCAAUCCGACUUGAAAGGGGCUCAGCAUACGAAGAAUGAUGUCGCCUCAUUAUCCGAUCAAGUCCGUCUCUUGAUGAGACGAGUCCCUUACCCUGUCGCCAUCAUCACGGCCACCGAUCCCAACGGUCCGGCAGAUAAGGCCUUCCGCGGAAUGACCGUCUCCUCCUUUAACACCGUUACCCUUAGUCCGGAACCCGUCAUAUCGUUCAACGUGCGCCGGCCCUCCGAGACGCUCAGCGCGCUUCAAUCGUCGAAGCGCUUCCUUGUACAUCUCCUCGCUCCCCGACAGACAACCGCUACCCUUGCACGAGACUUCUCCAAGGGCAACCAUAAUUUGUCCCUCUUGGAGGGUAAGAGUGAAUAUGAGUUCGUUGCGCACGAACAUUCUCUUCGUGGUGACGAGACUUCCGGGAGACCUCUUCCGUUGUUGCAGAGGAAGCAGGAUGCUACGACCACAGGAUCGGGAGACUUUCCAUUCGUACUGGAGUGUCAGCUCCACCCACAGAGUAUCCAGGUCCAGGACCACACGAUCGUCGUGGGAACUGUUGUUCGAGCGCUUUCAGGAGAGCUGUUGAGCCUUGACUCCGAGACAAAGGCUGGAGACCUUUGCCUGACGUACGCAAAUACUCACUUCUGGGAAAUGGGCCACGAGAUAUAA